GCUCGAAACUAACACGGGCUUCCUGAAUGACCACAACCACCUUUUCUUUUUACAAGUGAGCCAAACAGUAUUUUGAUAUGUUUUGGUCCGUUGGGAUGGAAAGUUACCACAUGCAAUGUGUUGGAUGUGAUGAAACUGUUUCCUGCCCACCAGGAGAGGUCGGAGCUGGUCUCUCUCUCAGUGUUUCACAACAGAACACUUUAGGCCACGGCAGCCGAGGGGAUUGAGGAGAUGGUCUGUUUGUUGACAGGGUCUGUCAAACUUUCGCAAUCUUUCCCCGACAGAUCGUGAUCUACAGUAAGUGCAGGCCCUGGGGCUUGUAGUGCCGUCGAACAUGAACUCUGUCUCCAUCUGCUGGAUGAGACACGUUGGAUCGGCCAGCAUCCAGGCUUUAGUCUGAGUUCAGAGGCAGAUAGGAGACAACCGAAAUAGCUACCCCGGGCUCGGUUAUCUUCCCCCUCCGCCUGGGAAUCUGCCUCUUCUCGGCGAUGGCGGACAAGUGAAAGCAAUGGGGGAUGCUGUGAUGUAUCUGCGUUUCGGAUUUCCUCGCACUGCUCAGUUCCCUCCGCACCUCCGCCGCUGACCGCAGCAGCCGGGAGCGGGGUCCUGCCGUCCCGCGGAGUCACCGCGGCACCGAGGGGAGACACGCGCGGAACAUGGCCGCGAUGAGGACCCUCACCGCGGCGGGUCUGUUCCUGGCGUCCUGCGCGCUGGGGCUGAUCGCGGUGGCGAUCGGCACCGACAACUGGUACGAGACGGACGCGCGGCGGCACCGGGAGCGCUGCAAGAAUUACUCCAACAAAAGGAACGACCCCGGCUACAUCUACAUCUCCAACAGCAACCUGCCGCUCCGCAUGCUGCCGAAGGAGAAGCGCGUGGAGCGGGAGGGCUCCAGCGGCAGCGGCGAAGUGUUGCUGCGGGCCAGGCGGCACUUCUUGCCGCCUGCCGCGGCCAUGGAGUCGCUCUGCAGUCGGCAAUUCAACUCCACCAUCACCGGACUGUGGAGGAAGUGCCACCGAGGGGGCUUCGACUUGGAGAUAGAGGAUUUGAUCUUUAAAGGAUUGGUUCCGCGCUGCACACCAAUAAAAUACUACUACUCAUCAUCAGUGCUCCCCAGGAAUCUGCCCAUCAAUCUGACGAAGACAAUAAGGCAGGACGAGUGGCACGCGCUCCACCUCCAGAGGAUGACCGCCAGCUUCGUGGGCAUGGCCAUAUCCAUAAUCCUGUUCGGCUGGAUCAUAGGCGUGCUGGGCUGCUGUAAGGAGCAUGAUCUGAUGCAGUACGUCGCUGGACUUCUCUUCCUCAUGGGAGGGACAUGCUGCAUAAUCUCUCUUUGCACAUGUGUAGCUGGGAUCAACUUUGAACUGUCCCGCUACCCUCGCUAUAUGUUCGGCAUACCAGAGGACAUCAGCCAUGGUUAUGGCUGGUCUAUGUUUUGUGCGUGGGGUGGACUGGGCCUUACGUUGCUGGCAGGUUUUCUGUGCACACUCGCUCCUUCCCUCUACCCUCCACACACCCCCGUGGUGCACAAGCCCAGGCAGGAGAACGGCUGUGUCUGACAGGCCGCCGCACAUCUAACAGACACCUGUCUCAUCCUGAAACAGUGAUGAGCCCUGUUCCAGAGACAGUUUUACCCCGGGACUCAGCGAGGUGGAUUUGGCACAGAGACACCACAGGACACUGGCUCUCGCUCACAAGAACAUGACAAAAGAGGUGGCAUUUGACUGAAGACGAUUUCAGCUCCUCUGGUGCUUUUUUAUCUGUCCCUCUUCAUGAAUGAACUGCUCAGUGUUAUUGCUUGCUCCUGAAGAGAAGAAUAGAUAUACAAGAAUCUCUUCCUGUAAAAUCUGCUAAUUUGAGAGGAAGAUAAAAAAAAAAGAAAGAAAAAGAAACACUGGCAGAAGGCCCAUAGCACAACUUUGAGAUCUGUAUUGAACAUGGACGUGUACUGUCACAUUUCAAAGGGCAACUGUGUAUCAUUAUGUACCCAUUUAAAACAAGAUAUGUACAUGUACUUUUUAAACUGUAUGUAUGCAGAUGCAUUUGUGUUUAUUCAUGGAGAAAAAAAAGGCAUUGAGAGCAAACUGUGUUUGAGGGAAAUGUUUUGUUGUUCUCGAGGUCGUACCCCCAUCAAAAAUAUUUUUGAAAAAUAAAAAAGUCAUGCAAAACAA